AUGUCCCAGAACGACAAGUCCUCCGAGAAGCGCCGCAACUGGUCCCAUGAAGAAGAUAUUGCUCUGCUCAUCCAAGUUGCAGCUGACCGUCCUUUUGCUGCGGAAAAGGGACAACUCAAGAAAGCCUGGCAAGGCUUGGCAGAGACCCUCGUUGCGUGCGAGCACUUUGGUCGCGUUGUCGAUGGUAAGAAGGUUCAAAACCGGUUUUUGUUCCUUGCCGAGGAACACCGCAAGUUUGAUGCCCAGUCAGCCAAAUUGUCCGGGGUUGCAGAGGAGGAGAAAGAGAAGCAUGUGCUCCUGGACGAUAUUCUAAACGUACUGCAAGACAUGAAGAGUGAGCAAAGAUGUCGUCCCCAAGGCCAAGACGAAUCGGACAAAGUUGAGAAGGGUGGCCUGUACGUCCGAGAGAUGGCGAUGAAGACAAUGAAACGACGAAGCGAUGGUGACGGCGAGGAAAAGACGAAACGACACGCAGUGGAAAAUCGCCGUGACAGCCUUGCUGCCGCAAUAGCAACGGAGAGCGAACGAGAGCUGACCAGCCGUGCCAAUGAGCUGGAAUUUCAGCGUCACAAGCUGGAAUGUGAAAUGAAUGAGCGCAAGCUGGAUCGCGAAGACCGCAAAGCGGAGCGAGAGUACCAGUUAGCAUUGGCAAACAUUGAAAGCGCUAAGAUGACAAACAUCAUUCAAGCUUUGCUUGAAAGUAGAAAGUAA